UCGUCGGCUCGCGCCCCGCCCCCCGUUCUGCUGCCCCCUCCCCUGUGGCGCUCGGGGGUGUUUCUCGCUCCUCCCGAGUUGCCGCCGCCGCCGCCGCCGCUCUUCUUCUCCCAGUCUUGGGUUUCCCAGGCGCUGCUGCCGCCGCUACCUCUGCGGUCUGUAUGAGGAGGAGGAGGAUGUGAAGAUGGCGGAGCUGCAGAUGCUGCUGGAGGAGGAAAUCCCGGGGGGCCGCCGGGCCCUCUUCGACAGUUACACGAAUCUGGAACGGGUGGCAGAUUACUGCGAGAACAACUACAUCCAGUCAGCAGAUAAGCAGCGAGCUCUAGAAGAAACCAAAGCCUACACCACCCAGUCCUUAGCAAGUGUUGCCUAUCUGAUAAAUACCUUGGCCAACAAUGUUCUACAGAUGCUGGAUAUUCAGGCAUCCCAGCUACGAAGGAUGGAAUCUUCAAUCAAUCAUAUUUCACAAACCGUUGAUAUUCAUAAAGAGAAAGUUGCAAGAAGAGAGAUCGGUAUUUUGACUACCAAUAAAAACACUUCAAGGACACAUAAGAUUAUUGCUCCAGCCAAUCUUGAACGACCAGUUCGUUAUAUUAGAAAACCUAUUGACUAUACAAUUCUAGAUGAUAUUGGACACGGAGUAAAGUGGUUGCUUAGAUUUAAGGUGAGUACCCAGAAUAUGAAGAUAGGUGGGCUGCCACGUACGACACCUCCAACUCAGAAGCCCCCCAGCCCUCCCAUGUCAGGGAAAGGGACACUUGGGCGGCACUCCCCCUAUCGCACACUGGAGCCAGUGCGUCCUCCAGUGGUACCAAAUGAUUACGUACCUAGCCCAACCCGUAAUAUGGCUCCCUCGCAGCAGAGCCCUGUGAGGACAGCUUCUGUGAAUCAAAGAAAUCGAACUUACAGCAGCAGUGGGAGCAGCGGCGGAAGCCACCCGAGCAGCCGGAGCAGCAGUCGGGAGAACAGUGGAAGCGGGAGCGUGGGCGUUCCCAUUGCUGUUCCUACUCCGUCUCCUCCCAGUGUCUUUCCAGCCCCUGCUGGCUCUGCUGGCACUCCUCCCCUUCCUGCUACUUCUGCAUCUGCCCCUGCCCCUCUUGUUCCUGCUACUGUCCCUUCCUCCACUGCCCCAGACGCUGCUGCUGGGGGGGCCCAGGCCCUUGCUGAUGGCUUCACUUCUCCAACUCCCCCUGUUGUUUCUUCCACUCCCCCCACAGGUCAUCCUGUUCAGUUCUACAGCAUGAACAGACCUGCUACUCGCCAUACUCCUCCAACAAUAGGGGGCUCGUUGCCCUAUAGACGCCCUCCUUCCAUAACGUCACAGACAAGCCUUCAGAAUCAGAUGAACGGAGGACCUUUUUAUAGCCAGAAUCCAGUAUCUCUUGCUCCUCCUCCUCCCUCCAUUCUACAGGUAACUCCUCAGUUACCUUUAAUGGGAUUUGUGGCCAGAGUCCAAGAAAAUAUUUCAGAUACACCACCUCCACCACCACCUGUGGAAGAACCAGUCUUUGAUGAGUCCCCCCCUCCUCCUCCUCCCCCAGAAGAUUAUGAAGAGGAGGAAGCAGCUGUGGUUGAAUAUAGUGAUCCUUAUGCUGAAGAGGACCCACCGUGGGCUCCAAGAUCUUACUUGGAAAAAGUUGUGGCAAUUUAUGAUUAUACAAAAGACAAGGAAGAUGAGCUGUCCUUUCAGGAAGGAGCCAUUAUUUAUGUCAUCAAGAAGAAUGAUGAUGUAUUAAAAAAGCAAGCUGAAUCUGAACAAAUGGAUCUUUCUGCCAUUAUUUGUACUGUGCUGAGCUGUUUGGAUUAAAAUAAAGUGACACCAUUUCUAAAUAGGUCAGAGGUAUAACAGCAUAUAACUCUGUAAGACAAAUCAGGUUAAGACUGAUUCAGAAAAUCUGGGAUCUUUCUCAGGAAUACUGUACACCCUUGGGAUUUCUCCUCCUGCAGAAUCUGUGGCAUUGGACGUUCUCCAGUGCCUGUGCCAGAGGGUCAGCCUCGUGGCCCUAGUGCCGUACCCGGCCCCACACUUUCUUCCACUCGGAUGAGGAGGAGAGAACUAGUAUUUAAAUAGCAUACGUAACCAUUUUUAUAACUGUUUCGAUGGCUUCUUUCCUCUUAACACUAUAAA